AUGAAUGUGGCUUUAACACCUGAUGGAUUGGCAUACUUUAGCGCUGCUGAUAUAUUUGUUGAUUUGAUAGACAGCCUAAUAUUUAGUGAAGCGACUUUAUUGCUGAAGCUGUUCAGCAAGUUUUUCGUGCAAUCGCUUGAGCUCCACUUUUACAUGAUCAAAUCAAUCUCACUUGAACUAGUUUGCCAGCGGCAAAGUUACGAUCAUUUUUCAAUUUUCAGCCUCAUUCACUACUCCAAUCUGAAUACAAUGGUGUCUACAGCACCAAUUCUUGCCCUGGUUGCCACUGUUGCAAACACUGCUAGCUACGUACAGGCUCACGGCUACAUUGCCGAUCCAGCCCCGUCUUGGAAGGGCAAGAAAAGAAGCGACUGGGUCGUUGAAAUUGAGCCGCAGUGGAAAGGAGGCUGGGACCAGUCUUCGGGUGAUGAGGGUCUUCUGUCCACAUUCAAGGAAUUGGCAACUGCAAAUAAUUUCAAGGAUGUUCGUUCUCUUAUGGACGGUAACCCAGUGUAUGGCGAAGAUUGCGGCUACACGGAUCCUAACGGCACGCCUGUAGCUCCGCCAUCGAAUGGCGAGGCCACCUUCUCUCGUGGUAUUGUGCAUGCUGGUCCUUGUGAAAUAUGGCUUGAUGAUAAGAUGGUCCUUCAAAAUGAUGAUUGCCAAGCCGCGUACGGUGAUGGUACGCAGGAAACAAUCGCUAUCUUCAAGCCCGUCGAUUAUUCAUCAUGCGCUGCCGAUGGCUGUAUGCUCCGCUUUUAUUGGCUCGCCCUGCAACGUCUCGACGGCAAGACGGUAUGGCAGGCAUACAAAAACUGUAUCCCAUUGAAUGGUCCUGCCGGUGGAGGGGGCACUAGUGUACAGAACGAUUCUCCUUCUAGUGAAGAUCCAAAUGUUUCUCAACAAGACUUGGACGAGGAAGAGUCAACAAAGUCUCCUUCAAACGGCGAAUCUGAAUCUUCAUCGUCCAAUUCUUCAACAACCGAUGCCGACGCAGAGUCUCCGUCAUCAACUCCAACUUCAGGGUCUCCUUCGAGCUCUUCACCCGAGAUGAGCUCAGUGCCGGCACCAAGGAGCAAGUGCACAGGCCGCCGCCGCGAAUAA